AUGUCGUUGACUACCGUGACUCUCGCUGGCUGGCGAUGGCGCCAGCACGCUGCCAGCGAGGAAUGGCACGCCUGCGCGCACUCCAGGGCCACGACGGAGAUCUUUACGGAUCUGCUCGACGCGAAACGCAUCCCGGAUCCUUUCGUCGACCAGAACGAGCGGCUGGUGCAGUGGGUGGGCGAGACAGACUGGGAGUAUGCCUGCGAUUUCAUGUACGAGCUGGACGAGAAGCACUCGCGCCAGGACCUCGUCUUCGAGGGCCUCGACACUAUUGCAGCUGUCUAUCUGACCGAGGAGCUCGUCUUGAUCUCGUCCAACAUGUUUCAUCGCCACCGCGUCGACGUCACAGGCAAGCUGCGCAGCGGCACCAACACCCUCCGGAUCGUCUUCACCAGCGCUCUGCGCCAUGGCCAGGCUGUCGAAGCCCAGCAUGGCCGUUAUCGCGCCUUCAACGGUGACAGCUCGCGGUUGCACGUCCGCAAGGCCCAGUAUCACUAUGGCUGGGACUGGGGACCGAUUCUCCUGACCUGCGGCCCCUAUCGUGAGAUCCGGCUGGAGAGCUACGCCUCGAUCGUCUACGACGUCUUUGCGAAUGCAACUGUCGCCGAUGAUCUCCAGCAGGCGACACUGGACGUCUCCUGGGAUGCCAUUCUUGACCGCGAUGUGUCGCUCGACAUCACUGUCACCUCUCCCAGCCAGCUGGUUUUCCACACGACAACCGCGUUAUCCUCGACUGACGGUCACGGACGAGCUUCCUUGGCCAUUCCCAAGCCAGAGCUCUGGUAUCCCGUCGGCUACGGUCCUCAGAUCUUCUACACGGUUGACAUCUGUCUGCGCGACAAGGAGGGAACCCAUCUCCAAACCACCAGAAAGCAGGUGGGCAUGCGACGUCUCCGCCUGGUGCAGCAGCCUUUGCUGGACGAACCCGGCACCAGCUCCUUCUUCAAAAUCAACAACGUCCCAAUCUACAUGUCAGGAUCGAACUGGAUCCCCGGCCAUUCCUUCCUGACGGCCAUGACGCCGAGCGACUACGCGUCUGCCGUCCAAUCCUGUCUGGACAGCAACCAGAAUAUGCUACGUAUCUGGGGCGGAGGCGUCUACGAACACGACGCCUUGUACGAAGAGUGCGACCGUCGAGGCGUUCUGAUCUGGCAGGACUUCAUGUUUGCGUGCGGUCAGUAUCCGUGCUACCCCGAGUUUGCAGCCUCUGUCAAGAAGGAGGCCAUCGACCAGGUCAAGCGGCUGCGACAGUAUUGCUCCGUCGUCCUCUAUGCCGGAAACAACGAAGACUACGCCGUCGCCGAGAUGCUCAAGCUGGAAUGGGACCCGGACGACCACUCGGGCGACUGGACAGCAACCAACUUCCCAGCCCGCACCAUCUACGAGACGCAUCUCCCGGCCAUCGUCGCCGAAUACGCGCCGGGCGUCCCUUAUCAUCCGAGCUCUCCAUGGGGCGGCAAGAACACCGAGGACUGCACCGUUGGCGACAUCCACCAGUGGAACGUCUGGCACGGCUCGCAGGAGAAGUACCAGCUGUGGGACAAGCUUGUCGGACGGUUCGUCUCCGAGUUUGGCAUGCUCGCCUUCCCAUCGGCCAGAUCCAUCCGUCGCUUCGUCACCAAUCCAGCGCAGCGAUAUCCCCAGAGCGCCGUGCUGAACCUGCACAACAAGGCGGACGGUGCGGAACGCCGGUUGGCGCUGCAGAGUGUAUGUCCUUUGCCAUCCGCAGCUGCCGCCGGCAGUGGAAGGGCCCUGGCCAUUAACGACUGCUGGCCGGUUUCUAGCUGGGCGCUUGUUGACUUUUACGGGGAACGCAAGCUGGCAUAUUACGCCGUGAAGCGUGAGAGCGCACCGCUGGCCCUGGGCAUCCACCGCUCGACGCCAGAACUGAAGCCACUCAAGAAACCACCUCCUCAAGUACUCGGACCACCGCACGACCUUGCCUUCAAACGGUACGUCUUCGACGUGUGGGCGGUGAACAUGACACUGCAGGAUCAAACAAUCAGCGUGGAAGUGCAGCUGUACGACAUCAAGACCGGUGCGCUCCAGGAGAAGAAAUCCCUGGGCGUGCAAACCCUGGCGGCGAACCGGUCGACAGAGCUAGCCGCAGACUGGAGCGUUGACGACCAAACAGCAAUCCAGGCGAUAAUGUUCGACGCCGACGGACACCUCGUCGCACGGGCAUCCGACUGGCCGCAACCGCUCAAGUACGUCACGCUGCCAGCCGCGUACGAGGUGACGCUUCGCGUACUUGACGGCAAAGUCGAAAUCAGCUCCAAUGCGCCAGUCAAGGGCGUCGAGCUGUACAUGGCGGACGACGAGCGCAGGAUCCAGUGGGAAGACAACGGGGUUGAUGUGUUCCCCGGAGACGUGUACACGAUCAAUGCACCUGGAGUUGCGGAGGGGGAUGAUGUGCGUGUGCGGUACUAUGGCGAUCGGAGAGCUUGUUAG